GUCCGUACGUCUGCUCACAAGUGUGCACGUUCAACGCAUCACUAAGCUUCGUUUACCUCAAUCCGCGCAAUUUAGUUGUGUCACUGUAUAAAAUUGUUCCGUUUUAAUAUUCCUCAUGGCUAAGUUCGUCGACCGUGAUUUUCUUUCUCCCUAUUAAGUUAAUCAAGUGUCUCUGAAAGUGGACUUGAAAGUGCUUGAAACUCUCUGUGAACGCAAUACACGCGUUGUCUUCGUUUCUUUUAAAAUUCGCAGUGGCACCAGCAUACAUGCAUAUUUCGAGCGAGCUGUUGCAAAAAAUGACCAUUGUUCUGAUGUACCGCAUCAACCCUAUCUACUAUUCAGACUACUCGGAUACGAUUUAGGUUUUUACCUGAAAUUUUAUCGUCUCAAAAGCUAUCUCUGUCAUUGGCUAUAUCAUUUCGAAUACUACAAGUUUGGAAUAUAUUCUAAAGACAUCACCUGACAAAGGAUAUUUUAUUUUCAAUAAAGAAGGAUUUGACUGUAAACCAGAAUGGAUAUUGUGGCAAACUACCACCCGGUGUUCAAGGCAUUCCUCGCCGGUUCCUUCUCUGGUACCUUCAGCGCUGUACUAUUCCAGCCGCUUGACUUGGUGAAGACUCGUCUACAGAACCCAACUCAACAUGUUGUUGCGGCGACUGUCAACAGCCGAAUCCAACCCGGGAUGAUGACAAUCUUUACGAACAUCAUACGACAGGAACAAAUUGUGGGACUAUGGAGGGGCAUGGUUCCUUCCAUCGCUCGUUGUGUUCCUGGCGUGGGAAUCUACUUCUCCUCUCUGCACUGGUUGAAAGCCAAGAUGGGCAAAACGAAUGGCGACUUGGGCGCCUUGGAAGCAAUCAUGUUGGGGGUCGUUGCAAGAACCAUGAGUGGCGUUGCUUUAAUACCCAUUACUGUGAUCAAAACUAGAUAUGAAUCUGGGGUGUACAAAUACAACAGCUUGGGUGGUGCUCUGAAGGCCAUUUACAAAGCGGAAGGCAUCCGAGGCCUUUCCUGUGGUCUGGGCCCAACCCUAGCCAGAGAUGCACCUUUCUCUGGCCUGUACCUCAUGUUUUAUUCGCAAACCAAGCAAAGUGUACCUAAAGAAUGGAUGCAGUCACCUAGCGCAGCCAGUGCCAUCCAUUUCAGCUGCGGGAUAGUAGCCGGGAUCGCUGCUUCUCUGGUCACCAACCCAGCUGAUGUGCUCAAGACCAACAUGCAGUUGUACCCUGACAAGUUCCCGAACGCAUUCAGCGCCGCUGUAUAUGUACAUCAGACAUACGGUGUAAAAGGUUACUUCAGGGGUGCUGUGCCUAGAAUGUUGCGUCGCACAUUAAUGGCUGCGAUGGCGUGGACCGUCUUCGAAGAAGUUACUAGAACAAUAGGCUUGAAAUGAGAUUCUACGUCAAUCAACCAUAUUUUAAAUUAGGCUGUUCACGAAGUCGUUUUGCUUGAUAUUAUUGGUACGAUGUUCCUAGUUUUUUCAUCGUUUAGUUGUAUCGUGUUUUUUCGAAUAUUAUCUGUGCUUUAAUUUUAGUAUACUAACGUUUUUUUAGGUUUAGUAACCAAUUGUGAUAUGAAUGUAUUCAAUUUCAUUGUUAACCAUAUUUAUUAGGUAAUUCAAUGUAUAUCAGAUAUCUAGUUAGUACGACAAAAUUUUAUUGUAUAGAGGAUUUUAUAGACUAUUUUUGUACACGUGCUUCGAUUCUGCAUUUCUGCUAGCACAAACUACAUAUUACAUCUAUACCUACAAUCACCAUACAUCAUGGAAAUGGUAGGCAUUCUUCAUCUAUCUCUUGAAAGAUGUUGAAGUACCUACAUGUGUUAAAAAGUAUUUUUGGUUUGUUUUAAAGAACCAUGGCCAUUGUACUAAAUGUAAUUUAACUAUGUGCCUAUUUUGUUAUAUUUAAAUAAAUAAAUAUUUAAUCAAA